GGGUGUAUGCUUUGAGAUUAGGCAAGUGGGGUGCCAAGUGUGGAUCAGUCGCCUGUGGGUGCCAAUGCUAUGAUAGACGCCAAAGGUGGGGCGGCAAGCUCCUAGUAGGGGGUUCCAGGGGACCUCUAGGCGCCAUAGGUGGAAUAGGGGGUGCCAGUGCACAUCAGGUGCUGAGGGUGUGGGAGUCAUCAGGUGUAGAUGCUGACCUUUCUCGUCGGGUCUUUCAUCGUAUACCAUCUACUUUCCCCAAGUCUCAGUCCCAACCUUCACUCUCGCAGUGCCGCCGCCACUACCAUAACCAUUCCAUGGCCACUGAAGACACCUCUCGCCACCUCAAAAUCAUAGCCGGAGCCGACUCCUUCGGCUGCGCCCUCAAAGACACCCUUGUUACCCACCUCCGUUCCCUCAACAUCGACGUCGAAGACUUAGGCACCGACAAAUAUUACAUCGCCGGUGAAGAAGUCGGACGCCGUGUCAGCUCCGCCGCUAACACCAACUCCUCCGUCGAGAUCCGAGGCCUUGUGGCCUGCGGCACCGGAGUGGGAGUCGGCAUGUUCGCCAACAAGUUCCCCGGCGUUUACGCCGCCACCUGCCUCACCCCCUCUGAUGCCCUCAAUGCUCGAUCCAUCAACAACUGCAACGUCCUCGCCGUCUCCGGUAUGUCCACCUCGCCGGACUCCGCCAUCGAAAUUCUCGACACCUGGCUCAACACCCCCUUCAAAUCCCCUUGCCCCGCUUCAGGUUCCAAACCUUGGCCCCCAGAAAUCAACGAUUUCUUGGACAAUUCAAUCCAUGAAAUGUCAAAAAUUGGAGUAGAAAGCAACAAAGAAAAUGACAAGAAUGAAGAGAAUUCUAUUGACCCUUGCUUUCUCUGUUGUUUGGCGAAAAAUAGAGAGUUCACUCCAAUCGAAAUCAUGCCUGGUGGGCAUAUGAAGGUGAUUAGAGAGACACCCACCUCGGCAAUUGUGAGGUUUGAGGCUGGGAGUGUUGAACCGGCGCAUCAUCAUACGUUUGGGCAUGAUUUGGUGGUGUUGAAGGGGAGCAAGAGGGUGUGGAAUUUGAGCAAAGGGAAGAAGUAUGAUCUAGGUGUGGGGGAUUACUUGUUUACUCCUGCUGGGGAUGUUCAUAGAGUGAAGUAUUUUGAAGAAACGGAGUUUUUCAUCAAGUGGGAUGGGCAUUGGGAUUUGCUCUUGGAUGAGGAUCUUGCUACUGCCAAUGCUGCGAUUGAGAAAGAGAAUUGA